AUGAGCGCGGCGGACCGCGCCAGUUGGCUAGAACAGAUACAAAGGGACAGGACCAGGCAUCUUGAGAUGGAUGAAGCCGAAAUCAACCUCCGCCAGAGGAGGCCUCGUGCGGACCUGCGAGUCGACGAGGAUAAUCAGGAGGAGAACUGUGAGCCACCCCCUAAGGUAAAACCGCUCAUUAACAUGUUCCCGGGUGUCUCCGCCGCCCUUCUUACCCGCGUCUUCAAGAGGAAGUUGAAGGCGACCGAACUCAUACACUUCAAAGAGAAGUCAGUCAUCAAUACAGAUCAGGAGGAUAGGGUCUUCAAGAUGACCAAGUCAGGAGGCACAGUAGGCUUCAAGAAGGCAGCAUCAUCACUUAAGGACUGGGGUCCUAACCCCCAAAUAUGGACUAACUGCUUCCUUACCUACUUAGCAGUCAUAGGAUACCUCUUUGGUGACAAGCACCCUAAGGCCGUCCCUAACUUGCUCAUGUUUAUGAGACAGAUCCUGGAUGUCACUCAGACCUAUCAGUGGCCAGAAGCAGUACUCCCGCUGGCUCUCAACUUCCACCAAUAUAUACUGGAUAAGGGAGAGCUGUCCACGGACAGUUACCUAGUCACGGCCUAG